AUGUUCGAGAAGGACAUUGUUACGUUCUCCCCGCUGGAGGGCCAGGAGGGGAGCGGGGAGUCCCUCAACCUGGUUGGCGCAACCAUCUUGGUGGACGAGUCGGACCCGAUCGGCAUCCACAUUGCGGCACAGAACCUUGCCGAGGACUUUGGCCGCGUGACCCGGUCUGAUGCAAGCCGCGUUGUGGUCUUCACGAAGGACGACCAGAACGAUGCCGUCUCGGGGACGCUCACGGAUGCCGCCGCCGUCAUCAUCGGAUGCGUUCAAUCGAGUCGGCUCAUACAGAGGCUGGAGAAGGAGGGAAAGCUGGAGGCUGGAAAGAUCCACGGGAAAUGGGAGUCUUUCACCACCGUCUUGGUCGACCAACCCCUGCCGGGCAUCGAGAAAGCCCUCGUCAUUGCCGGAAGCGACAAACGCGGAACGAUAUUCGGGGCUUACACAUUGUCCGAGCAGAUUGGAGUCUCACCCUGGUACUACUGGGCCGACGUACCGCCAAAGUCCCACAAGGACAUCUUUGCACUGAGAGGGCAGACUUAUCAUGGCGAGCCAAGCGUUCGCUUCCGCGGUCUCUUCAUCAACGACGAAGCCCCGGCCCUGACGGGUUGGGCCAGGGCAAACUUUGGAGGCUACAACUCGGACUUCUACAAGAAAGUGUUUGAGCUGUUGUUGCGGCUAAAGGCCAACUUCUUGUGGCCGGCCAUGUGGCCUGGCUACCCCAACCCCGGCGCGUCUUUCUUCACCGACGACCCCGAGAACGCUCAAGCCGCCGAGGACUACGGCAUCGCCGUGUCCACGUCGCACCACGAGCCCAUGCAGCGGUUGUCCAACGAGUGGUUCGCCGAGAACCCGGACGGCAGCUGGGACUGGCUCGCAAACAAGGACAAGAUCACGCGGUUCUUCGAAGAGGGCGUCGAGAGGGCCAAGGGCCGCGAGUCCUACUUCACGCUGGGCAUGCGCGGAGAGUACGACCGGAAGAUGAAGACGGACGACCCUGCUGCGGUGGUGCGCGACGUGAUCAAGACCCAACGGGCCUUGUUCAAGAAGAUCCACGGAACCGAAGACGCCGUGCCUCAGCUCCUGGCGUUGUACAAGGAGGUCCAAGAGCAAUACGAAGGGGGGAAUCUCGACGUCCCGGAUGAUGUUACUCUGCUCUUUGCCGACGACAAUUUCGGCAGUAUCAGACGUCUCCCAACUGGGGCAGAGAGAGACAGAAAAGGAGGGGCGGGGAUAUACUACCACUUCGAGUACGUCGGGGUUCCUCGCAGCUACAAAUGGAUCAACAGCAACUCCCUGGGGAAAACGUGGCAUCAGCUACAAGAAGCCCACAGACGCAAUGCAAAGCAGGUCUGGGUCUUCAACGUGGGAGACAUCAAGCCGAUGGAAGUCCCCUUCACGUUCGCAAUGACGCUGGCCUGGGACAUCAACUCGAUCAAGGCGGACAAAUUCGCCAGGUUCUACAAGACCAUGGCAGAAGUCAACUUUGGAAAGGGCCAAGCAGACGCCAUCGCCUCGGUCUGGCAAAAGUACGACCGUAUCGCCGCCCUGAGGAGGCACGAACACAUCGAACCGACGACCUUCUCUCUCGUCCACCACAACGAAGCCGAGGAGGUCGUCGGCCGCUGGGAAUCCCUGCUCGAGUUGGCCGAGGACAUAUACAGUCAGGCGUCGGAGGAGCAAAAGGCCGCGGUGUUCGAGACGGUGCUGCACCCGGUCAAGGCCUCGACCAUUUUCACAAAGCUCCAGGUAGCCCUCGGCCGGAACCGGCUCUACGCCCGCCAGCGGCGCAACACGGCCAACAGGCUCGCCCGCCAGGUUCUCGACCUCUUCGACGCCGACUACAGCCUCUCCGAGGAGUUCCACGAGCUGCUGGGCGGCAAAUGGGACCAGAUCAUGCGGCAGACGCACUACGGCUACGAGGACACCUGGCAUGCGCCGUACCGCGACAUGAUCAGCGGCCUGAGCUACGUCCAGCGCAGGCAGCAUUCCAACCCGGUCAUGGGCCAGAUGGGCGUUGCGGUCGAGGGUCACGAGGGUGUCCGGCCCGGUAGGACGAACGAGGAGUCGGACCGGACGCAUCCCAGCCGACGCGACCUGGUUCCGGGGGUCACGUUGGGGCAGAUGAGCCGCUACGGACCCUCCAAGAGGUGGUUCAAUGUUUACACCAGAGGACCCGAGGUCGUCCACUGGAAGGCAUCGGUCCCGCAUGCUUGGCUUCAGUUGUCCGUCACGGCUGGCACCCUCGACCCCGAUGGGGACGAUGCUCGCGUCGAGGUCACGGUCGACUGGCACCAGGUUCCUGAGGACUUUAGCGAGGAAGUGCUUGUCGAUAUCAGGUCUGAAGAGGGUGCCUUCGAACAAGUCCACCUUCCAAUCACCGGCAGACGCGUCCCCGAAUCCUUCCGGGCCGGCUUCGUCGAGACGGACGGAUACGUCUCGAUUCCAGCGGCUCAUCAGGCUCCCUCGGGCUUCAGAGUCCUCCCCGAGUGCGGAAGGGCUCCAUCGGGCGCAGUCACCGUUGCAUCGGCCGAUACCGCAGCUCCACCGCAGCUCGCACACAAGUUCUACGUCUUCUCCGAGACCGCGAAGCCGGUCUUGCUGCUGUACUUCAACAUGACUCUUGACCUCGACCCAACGGACCCCAUGACCUAUGAGCUCCAAGUCGAUGGCGGACCUGCUCAGACGCAUCAGUUGCUGCCAAAUACCACUGAUCUGCCCGACGGUUGGUUCUAUGCUGUUCAAGAUUGCGCCUGGCUCCGGAACCAUGACCUGGGCGAGCGUGGUCUCAAGCCUGGAGAGCACGAUGUGAAGGUGACGCUUAGACAUUCGAAUUUGAUUCUGGAGAAACUUGUAGUCGAUCUCGGCGGCGUGAAGGAGAGCUACCUUGGGCCGCCUCCCAGUUUUUACGUUCCUGAAGUCUAG